AUGAACGCUGAAUGCACCAAUUUCUUCCAGUCUCUCUACUGCGGAGCAACCCCGGGCGUGCCAAAUCCUGCCUUCUGGGCUCAUAUCCCCCCCUCUUCACUCCCCCCCAGACUCCUCAACCAUCUGCAAACUCCCUUUUCCCUAAUGGAAAUUAGCAAGGCCUUAAACCAGCUCUCCCGUGGCAAAACCCCCGGCCCUGACGGCAUCCCGGGCGAGCUCUUCCGACAAUACAAGACCCGCUUCGCCCCCGCAUUUCUCUCACUCUUCUCCUCACCGCACAUCUCCGCUACCCUCCCGCCGUCAAUGCUAUCAGGCCGCACAGUCCUUAUUCCCAAGAGGGGUAGCUCCUCUAUGAUCGACAACCUCCGCCCUAUCACCCUCAUGAACUCGGACUACAAGGUGCUAGCCUUAUGCCUUGCCAAUCGGCUGCAACUCGCUCUUCCCCUGAUUAUACACCCCUCCCAAACCGCUUUCAUUAAAAGCAGAAAAAUUGGCGAUACGAUCAACGAUACACUUGACAUUUUCGAUUGGAGCACAAUCACGAAAACCCCCCUACUCGCCUUAACGGUCGACUUCCGCAAGGCCUAUGACCUGGUCGAUCGAGCUUUCCUCUUCCAAGCGCUAGCCAGGGUGGGACUCCCCGAGCAGUUUAUCGCCUGGGUUCGCCUCAUGCACACUAACACCUCCACCUCCAUCUCUGUUAAAAACCUUGCUGGACCCACCUUCCCAGUCCGAACCGGGGUCCGACAAGGAUGCCCCCUCGCCCCCCUCCUCUUUGUGUGUGUCAUUGAAAUCCUACAGCGCUACCUAUCGCUCUUCCUCCCGGGUUUCCCCCUCUCUCCGACCCAGCGCCGUCUCAUGGCCUGCUACGCUGACGACGUCACCAUCUUCCUCUCCUCUGUUAGAGAGCUUGGGACCACACUCAUACACCUCAGGACCUUCGCCGCAGUCUCAGGAGAACACCCUAACUGGAACAAAUGCUCAAUAAUCCCUUUUCAUAUCUCCCCGGAACAAAUCCUUCUGGCCGGCCCCAUUCCCAUUCGCACUCCUCAAGAGGCAGAAUGCAUUCUUGGCAUCUACGUUGAACGUCACGGCCUUCUCCCCUCCGUCGUCGCCCUCAGUCUCCCUUUACCGUGUCCUGCCCAACCGACUCAUCGUCCGACCGUCGAUCGGAGAUAG